AAAAGACAGACUUGCCUAAGCAGCAGAUUUCCCUGGAUGAAGUGUCAACCAAGAAGGAACAAAUAGCUGAAGCUCUGCAGACCACUCAGUCAUUUUUAGCCAAGCAUGGUGACAAAAUGACAGAUGAAGAGAGAAAUGAAAUGGAAAAGCAAGUCAGAUCCCUCCAGGAGAGUUACAGCUUAUUAUCCAAUGAAGCUCUGAAACAACUGCAGGAAGCACAGUAUUUGAGUGAUGAAAAGAUGGAAGAAAAGGAUGUGGCUGAACGGCAGCAGGAAUGCAAGGAGAAGCUGCAGGAAAUGUGCGACCUGCUCACGCAGACCGAAAACCGGAUCCUCGGGCACCACGAGGCCCUUGUUAUUGGGGACAGCAAGGCCGAGCUGGAGCGCUGCCAGAGCAGGCAGGAGGAAAUCCAAAAAGACAUGAGGGAGAGUGCACAGGCUUUGGCAGAGGUGGUGAAAAGUACUGAAAUGUUCUUGAAAGAGAAUGGAGAAAAGUUGUCACAGGAAGACAAGGCUGUUCUGGAGCAGAAACUAAACGAAGCUAAAACCAAGUGUCUGCUUCUUAGCCAGAAGGCAGAAGAAUCCAAAAAAGAACUGGAUAAAGCUAUGACAACUGCAAUUAAGCAAGAAACGGAAAAGGUUGCAGCCAUAGAACAAUUGGAAGAGAGUAAAAAUACGAUAGAAAAUCUCCUGGAUUGGUUAUCCAACGUGGACAAAGAAGCAGAGCACGGUCGGAAGCUGAAGCAGGUGAUCGAGCAGAACGGGACGCACUUUGAGGAGGGAGACGGGCAGAUGGUGGAAGGGGAGGAGGACGACGUCAAUGGCAACCUGCUGGAGCUGCAGCAACACAGGGACACGCACGUGGACAGACUAGUUAGAAGCACGGAAGAUAACCUGAACCAGCAGUAUCAGAGAGUCAAGGCUCAACAUGAGAAAAUCAUGUCACAGCAGCAGGCUGUCAUCAUUGCAACUCAGUCUGCCCAGGCACUGCUCGAGAAACAAGGCCACUACCUUUCCCCUGAAGAGAAGGACAGGAUGCAGAGGAACAUGAAGGAGCUGAAGGCCCAGUAUGAGACUGCUUUAGCAGAGUCAGAAAGGAAAAUGAAGCUAACUCAUUCUCUGAGGGGAGAACUUGAGAAAUUUGAUGCAGACUACAGUGAAUUUGAAACCUGGCUGCAGCAGUCGGAACAAGAACUUGGUAAUUUGGAGGCCGGCGCUUCUGAUUUCAGUGGCAUUAUGAUCAAACUGAAAAGGCAAAAGAGUUUUUCAGAAGAUGUUAUAUCUCACAAAGGUGAUUUGCGGUAUAUUACCAUUUCUGGACAAAGAGUUUUAGAUGCUGCGAGGUCCUGCAGCAAAAGAGAUGGUGUUAAGGUCGACAAAGAGGGUAUUGAUACUUCAGCUACCUAUACUGAGGUGCAGAAUAAACUGGACAGCGCUUCAGAUCGCUUCAAAUCUCUCUAUACUAAGUGUAGCAUCCUUGGAAACAACCUUAAAGACCUGGCAGAUAAAUACCAGCACUAUGAAGAUGCCUCCUCGGGGCUUCUGUCAGGUCUCCAGGCCUCUGAAAUAGCUGUGAACAAACAACUGUCUGAGCCCAUUGCAGUGGAUCCCCAAAAUCUCCAAAGACAGCUAGAAGAAACCAAGGUUCUUCAAGGACAAGUAUCUAAUCACCAAAUUGCUGUUGAAAAACUGAAGAAAGCUGCUGAAGUGCUUCUGGAUACAAGGGGAGAGCUGACCCCAGACAAAGAUAAGAUUCAGAAAACACUGGAUGAUAUUGUGGACAGAUAUGACAAUUUAUCCAAGUCUGUGAAUGAAAGGAAUGAGAAACUCCAGAUAACUCUGACACGAUCCCUAAGUGUGCAGGAUGGCUUGGAUGAAAUGCUCGACUGGAUGGAAGGUGUUGAAAAGAGCCUUGAAGAGCAAGGUCAAGUGCCUUUGAAUUCUGCUGCUAUUCAGGACAUCAUUAGUAAAAGCAUUAUGCUAGAGCAAGACAUUGCCGGUCGCCAAAGCAGCCUAAACACUAUGAAUGAAAAAGUGAAGAAGUUCAUGGAAACAGCAGAUCCCUCCACUGCAUCAUCGCUGCAAGCUAAGAUGAGUGAACUUGCAGGGCGGUUUUCUGAAGCAAGUAACAAGCAUAAAGAAAAACUGGUGAAAAUGGAGGAGUUGAAGACGAAAGUGGAGUUGUUUGAAGGUCUGUCAGGAAAACUUCAGACAUUUUUAGAUGAGAAGAACCAGGCUUUCAGUGAGACUGAGGCGCCGAGAAAGGACGUCAGUGAAGUGUCUCAGUAUAUGCAGGAGGCCAGUAUAGAAUUGGCACAACAUAAGAAAGAUCUGGAAGUUUUGCAGCAGCUUCUUGAAGAACUUUCACUGCACGCUCUUCCUGGGGAUAAAGCAGUGGUACUAGAAAAAGUCACUGCUUUGUCAAAGAAAUUCCGAGAGGUAGAGGAGACGUUAAAGGAAAAAGAAGAGGAUGUAUCCUCUUGUCAGAAACAAAUGGAUACUUUUGAGCUCCUUGUAGAAUCUUUAACGAAAUGGAUAAAAGAAACAACAGAAAGAAUUCCAGCAGCACGACCCUCACUGAAUACAGAGGAGUUAAAGAAACCUUUGGAAGAUACUCUGAAUUUAAAAGAUGAAUGGACCUCGAAAGCACCUGAACUGCAGAAAAUGAACAGCAGAGGAACAGUGUUGUGCAAUCUCAUUACUGCUGUUACUUCUCCUGCAAAAUCAAGAGCAGCUGCAAAAUCAGGUGGAGUCAUGUUAAAUGGUGAUGGAGGUGCUCCUGGUACUCAGGAUUUCCUGAAAAAUAAAGAGCUGUCAGCUGUUCAACAAGCCAUGUCUGAUGUAAAUCACAGUUAUGAAGAUUUGGGAGUUUUACUGAAGGAAAAGAUUUCAGAACUAGAGAGCAUGCUUACAAAAAUGCAAAAUAUUCAGGAAGAAUCAACUUCAAUGAUGCAGUGGUUACAGAAGAUGGACAAAACCGCAUCCGACUGGGAAGCUGCUCCAACUGACAGUGAGGCUGUUAAGGCCCAAGUUGAGCAACACAAGCUGUUUGAAACUGAAUUAAAGCAAAGCGAGAAUAAAGUGCAGGAGCUAAAGGACAAAGUGACAGAGCUGCUGGAGAAGAACCCCAACUCUCCUGAGGCACCUAAAUGGAGACAAACGCUGGAUAAAAUAGAUUCCAAAUGGAGAGAGCUCAACCAAGUCACAUCUGAGAGACAACAAAAACUGGAGGAGUCCUCCAAUUACCUGACCCAGUUCCAGGCGGCAGAAGCCCAGCUGAAGCACUGGCUUGUGGAAAAGGAGCUAAUGGUCAGCGUGCUGGGACCACUCUCCAUUGAUCCGAAUAUGCUGAAUACCCAAAAGCAGCAGGUCCAGAUUCUGCUGAAAGAGUUUGACACCAGAAAGCCACAAUAUGAACAGUUGACGACGGCUGGCGAAGGGAUUCUGAGGAGGCCCGGGGAGCAUCCCCCCUCUCAUGAAAUCGUGAAAGAGCAACUGGCAGCUGUGGCCCAAAAAUGGGACAGCCUCACGGGCCAGCUGAGCAGCAGAUGUGAGCGAAUUGGCCAAGCCAUUGAGAAGAGCACCGAGUACCAAAGCCUGCUGCGAAGCCUGUCUGCGAAGCUAAGUGCCUUGGACAGCAAACUGAGCAGCAGCCUGGCUGUGAGCACACGGCCUGAUGCUGUGAAACAGCAGCUGGGGGUCGCCAGGGAAAUGAAGGAGGAGAUCGAGCAGGAAAGGGAGACCAUCAACGCGGCUCAAGCUCUUUGUGAAGAGCUGUCAGCACUGGUUGGAGAAGAGUAUCUGAAGGCAGAACUGACAAGGCAGCUAGAUGGCAUCAUAAAAUCAUUUAAGGAUAUUGAGCAAAAAUCCGAAAACCAUGUUCAGCAGCUUCAGUCAGCAUACACCACUUCUCACCAGUUCCAGCAGAUGUCCGAAGACUUCCAGACGUGGCUGGACAAAAAGAAAGAGGAGCUCAAGCAGGCUCGCCCCGUAUCAGCCAGACUUGAUGCCUUGCAGGCAUUAAUUGAGGAACAGCAAGAUUUUAAGAAGACCCUGUCUGAUCAGACUAGUUCCUACGAAAAAAUCCUUGUGGAAGGGGAAAGUAUCUUGCAGAAGACUCAAGGAGCGGACAAGGCAGCACUGCUGACCCAGAUCACCACACUCAAAAGCAACUGGGAUGAAAUGAAUAAGCAGGUAAAAGAAAGGCAAGAUAAACUAACAGAUUGCCUGGAGAAAGCCCUCCAAUACAAGCAGCACGUCGAAAGCCUGCAGCCGUGGCUAGAGAGGUGUGAAAGCAAUCUGUGUGAGGUAAAGAUUGGCAUAAGCCCUGAGGAAAUAGAUAAUUCCCUUGGGCAGGUGAAGGCCUGGCAGAAGGAGCUGGAUAAGCACCAUGGCAUGGUGGAGCUCUUGAACAGCACUGCGCAGAGUCUGCUCAGCGCCACGCAAACGGAUAAAGAAGUUGUUGAGGAGGAGACGAAGGCGCUUAAUCAGAAAGUGAACACGGUCACAGAACAGCUGCAUAAGAAGAGAGAGGGCUUGGAAAACGUGGCCCAAAGGCUGAAGGAGUUUCAGGAAUCGUGCAGGGAAGCUGCAAAGCAGCUUAAAAGUGCCAGGGAGCACCUGGAAGCUCACGAUGCGCUUGGGCCUCAGGCUUUCAGUAACAAACACCUGACAGUGAUGCAGACCCAGCAAAAAGCCCUGCAGGCCUUAAAGCCUCACAUGGAUUUAGCAAAAAAGCUGGCCCAGGACCUGGUGGUAGAAGCCUCUGAUUCAGCAGGUGUUUCUGACCUUUUGCUCCAAGCUGAGUCCUUGGAGCAGGAAUACAGUGCAGUGAACCAGCAGGUUGAGGAGAGGUGCUCGUUCUUGGAGACCAAACUUCAGGGAAUCGGCCAUUUCCAAAACAGCAUCCGGGAAAUGUUCUCCCAGUUUGCGGAGUUUGAUGAUGAGCUUGACAACAUGGCUCCAGUGGGGAGGAACCUUCAAGUCCUGCACUCACAGAGAGAGGACAUAAAACAUUUCCUGAAAAAGCUGGAAGACCUUAUAACGAAUAACGAAAACGCUAACAAAAAAUGCAAAAUGAUGCUCGCCACGGAAGCUGAAGCUUCUCCUGACCUCCUUGGCAUAAAAAGAGAUUUGGAUGCUUUAAAUAAACAGUGCAAGAAAUUACUCGACAGAGCAAAAGCCCGGGAAGAUCAAGUGGAGGGGACCAUGAGCCGUGUUGAGGAGUUCUACGUGAAGCUGAGAGAGUUUUCCAGCCUCCUUGGGAGAGCUGAAGAGCACGAAGAGUCGCAAGGCCCUGUAGGAAUGGAGACAGAAACUAUCAACCAGCAGCUGAAGACAUUCACGGCCUUCCAGAAGGAAGAGAUCGAGCCGCUGCAGGCGAAACAACAGGAGGUAAAUUGGUUAGGGCAAGGCCUUAUUCAAAGUGCUGCUAAAAGUACCAACAUCGAGGACCUCGAAGGUGACCUUGAAGAUGUUAACACCCGAUGGAAGACUCUCAAUAAGAAGGUUGCCCAGCGGGCCGCGCAGCUGCAGGAAGCCCUCCUGCACUGUGGGAGAUUCCAGGAUGCCCUCGAGUCCCUGCUCAGCUGGCUCAUCGAUACCGAGGACCUCGUGGCUAAUCAGAAGCCGCCCUCUGCUGAAUUUAAAGUGGUCAAGGCCCAAAUACAAGAACAGAAACUCCUGCAGAGGCUGCUGGACGACCGCAAGGCCACGGUUGAGGUCAUCAAACGUGAGGGGGAGAAAAUUGCAGAGUCAGCAGAGCCUGCGGACAAAGAGAAAAUCCUGAAACAACUGGACCUGCUGGACAGCCGAUGGGACGCGCUGCUCAGCAAAGCUGAGACAAGGAAGCAUCAGCUGGAAGCCAUCUCGGUGGUGGCAGAGCAGUUCCACGAAGCCCUGGAGCCGCUGAGCGAGUGGCUGACGGCCACGGAGAAGCGGCUGGCCAACGCCGAGCCCGUCGGCACGCAGACCUCCAAGCUCCAGCAGCAGAUUGCUCAGCACCGGGCCCUAGAAGAUGACAUCCUAGCUCACAAUGAGAGUUUGCAGCAGGCCAUUAGCAUUGGGCACUCUCUAAAAGCUAUGAGCUCCAGGGAAGAUAAGGAUACGGUGCAGGAAAAGCUAGAUGCUUCCCAAGCCCGUUACAGUGAUAUUCAAAGGAAGAGUGACAGCAUGUCUGAGUUUCUGCAGCAAGCUUACUCCAACGCCCUGAUUUUUGGGGAGGAUGAAGUAGAAUUGAUGAACUGGCUGAAUGAAGUCAAUGAUAGACUCAGCAAACUGACAGUGCAAGAUCACAAUACACACCUGCUUGACAGACAGCACUCUGAGCUACUGGAACUUCAAGAAGAGAUUCUUCGUAGGAAGCCAAACGUUGAGCUGGCCGUACAGAACGGCUUGGAGCUCCUCAAGAGGGCAAUAGGUGACGAAGUCGUAAUAAUUCAAGAUAAACUGGAAAGCAUUAAAGCAAGGUACAAAGACAUUACACAGCUGAGCUUGGAUACAGCCAAGACCUUGGAGCAGGCUCUGCAGCUGGCGGGCCAGCUUCACUCGACGCACGAGGAGCUCUGCAAGUGGCUCAACCAAGUGGAAGUGGAGCUCGUCUCGUGUGAAAAGCAGAUUCUGAGCGAUAAGGAACUAGCCCAAGCACAAGAAAGACAAAAAGAACUGAAGAAGGAAGCGGAGAGCCGCCGGGCCUUGGUGGACACCCUCACGGAGGUGGGCAGCGCCCUCCUGGAGCUGGUGCCCUGGCGGGCCAGGGAGGGCCUCGACAGGAUGCUCACGGAGGCCACGGAGCGCUACCGAGCCGCGAGCGACACCAUCGCGCGGAGGGCCCACGAGGUGGACGCCGCCAUCCAGAGAGUCCAGCAGUUUGAUAAAGCCACGGAGGCCGAAAUAGUCUGGGCUAAAAAAACAAUCAAGCAGCUGAUGUCUCUGGGUGAUAUUAGGCUUGAGCGAGACCAGACCACUGCUCAGUUACAAGUUCAAAAGGCAUUGACCAUGGAGAUAYUGAAGCACAAAGAACACGUCGAUGAUCUUGUGCAACGUGGGGAGGGGAUUAUGGAAACCUGCACUAAAGAAGAGAAGAAGUCUGUGAAGAAAAAAGUGGAAAACAUGUUACAGACAUUUGAUAGACUCUUUAACAUAAACUCCGAGAGAAACCUCCAGCUGGAACGGGCUCAGUCCCUGGUUAACCAGUUUUGGGAGACUUACGAAGAAUUUUGGCCGUGGUUAACUGAGACAGAAAAGGUCAUCGCUCAGCUUCCUGCCCCUGCCCUUGAAUAUGAAACUUUAAAGCAACAACAAGAAGAGCAACGGCAACUGCGUGAGCUGAUCGCUGAGCACAAGCCCCACAUGGAUAAGAUGAACAAAACGGGGCCCCAGCUGCUGGAGCUGAGCCCAGCAGAAGGCUUCACCAUCCAGGAGAAAUACACGAAAGCUGACUACCUGUACAACAAAAUUAAGGAGGAUGUCAAAAAGCGAGCGCUGGCGCUGGAUGAAGCCAUUUCUCAGUGUGCCCAGUUCCACGACAAGAUCGAUGCCACGCUGGAGAGCCUGAAGCGCAUAGUCGAACGCCUGAGGCAGCCCCCUUCCAUCUCUGCAGAGGUUGAGAAGAUUAAAGAGCAGAUCAGUGAAAAUAAGAACGUGUCAAUGGAUCUGGAGAAACUUCAGCCCGUGUAUGAGACGCUGAAAAAGCGAGGGGAGGAAAUGAUUGCUCGCUCAAAAGGAGCUGAUAAGGAUAUAUCUGCUAAAGCUGUUCAAGAUAAACUGGACCAAAUGGCCGCGACUUGGGCAGACAUCCAGGCGCUGACCGAGGAAAGAGAGGCCAAACUGUUGGAUGCAAUGGAGCUAGCGGAGAAGUUCUGGUGCGAUCACACGGCUCUGGUGGCCACUCUCAAAGACACCCACGACUUCAUUCGGGGCCUCGAGGGCCCCGGCGUCGACCCCUCUGUGGUCAAGCAGCAGCAGGAAGCCGCAGAGGCUGCUAAAGAAGAAAUCGAUGGACUGCAGGAAGAUCUAGAAGCAGUUGUGAACCUUGGCUCUGAACUUAUAGCUGCUUGUGGAGAGCCUGAUAAACCUAUUGUCAACAAGAGCAUAGAUGAGCUGUAUUCUGUCUGGGAUGCCUUAAACAAAGCAUGGAAGGAGCGGGUGGACAAGCUGGCCGAAGCGAUGCAGGCCGCUGUGCAGUACCAGGAUGGCCUGCAGGCUAUAUUUGACUGGGUGGACAUUGCUGUCAGCAAGUUAGCAGCCAUGUCUCCCGUUGGAACAGAUCUGGAAACAGUGAAGCAGCAAACUGAGGAACUCAAGCAAUUUAAGACAGAGGCGUAUCAGCAGCAGAUAGAAAUGGAAAGACUGAACCACCAGGCAGAACUGCUGCUGAAGAAGGUGACCAAGGAAAGUGACAGCCACACGGUUCAAGACCCGCUCUCGGAGCUCAAACUACUGUGGGACAAACUAGAAGAACAAAUCAUCAAUAGACAGCACAAGCUGGAGGGUGCCUUGUUGGCCUUGGGGCAGUUCCAGCAUGCCCUGGAUGAGUUACUGACGUGGCUGACACAUACAGAAGAGUUGCUGAACGAGCAGAAACCUGUGGGUGGAGACCCCAAGGCUAUUGAAAUCGAACUUGCCAAGCAUCAUGUGCUGCAGAACGAUGUCUUAGCCCAUCAGUCCACGGUGGAAGCUGUUACGAAAGCGGGAAACGACCUGAUCGAAUCAAACGCCGUAGAAAAAGCCAGUAACCUACGGCACAAGCUGAAGCUGCUGGAUCAGCGCUGGCAAAACGUGCUGAAAAAAACAGAACGAAGGAAACAGCAGCUGGACAAGGCCCUGAUCCAGGCCCAGGGUUUCCAUGGUGAAGUUGAAGACAUGCAGCAAUGGCUGACAGACACCGAGCGGCCGCUGUUGGCAUCGAAACCAGUUGGAGGAUUACCAGAAACAGCGAGAGAGCAGCUCAAUGCCCAUAUGGAACUUUGUGCUGCCUUUGAAGACAAAGAAGAGACCUAUAAGAAUCUAAUACAGAAAGGCCGGCAGAUGCUUGGAAAAUGCCCAAAAUCUGCGAAAACGAGCGUCGAGCAGGACAUAAAUAACUUAAAAGAAAAAUGGGAAUCAGUACAAACAAAGCUCAACGAAAGAAAAACCAAACUGGAGAACGCGCUCAGCUUAGCCAUGGAGUUCCACAAUUCACUUCAAGACUUCAUCAACUGGCUUACCCAGGCGGAGCAAACUCUGACUGCUGCUUCUCGGCCAAGUCUUAUCUUGGAUACUGUCUUGUUUCAAAUUGAUGAACACAAGGCUUUUGCCACAGAGGUGAAUUCUCAUCGGGAUCAAAUGCUYGAGCUGGACAAAACUGGAACCCAUUUGAAAUAUUUCAGCCAGAAACAAGAUGUUGUCCUUAUUAAGAAUCUACUGAUUAGUGUUCAGAGUAGAUGGGAAAAAGUAGUCCAACGCUUAGUUGAAAGGGGAAGAGCUUUGGAUGACGCAAGGAAAAGAGCCAAACAGUUCCACGAAGCCUGGCAUAAACUCAUGGAAUGGCUGGAAGAAUCCGAGAAGUCUUUGGAUUCAGAGCUUGAAAUUGCAAACGACCCUGACAAAAUAAAGCUGCAGCUUGCACAGCAUAAGGAAUUCCAGAAAUCUCUUGGUGCCAAACAUUCUGUGUAUGAUACCACGAACAGGACUGGACGCUCCUUGAAAGAGAAAUCCACUUUGGCUGAUGACAAUUUGAAACUAGAUGAUAUGCUGAGUGAACUAAGAGAUAAAUGGGAUACAAUUUGUGGAAAAUCAGUAGAAAGGCAAAAUAAGCUGGAGGAAGCUCUGUUGUUCUCGGGUCAGUUUACUGAUGCUUUGCAAGCUCUCAUUGACUGGUUGUACAGAAUUGAGCCACAGCUGGCCGAAGAUCAGCCAGUGCAUGGUGACAUUGAUCUAGUCAUGAACCUGAUUGACAAUCACAAGGCCUUCCAGAAAGAGCUGGGGAAGAGAACGAGCAGCGUGCAGGCCCUGAAGCGCUCGGCCAGGGAGCUCAUCGAAGGCAGCCGCGACGACUCGUCCUGGGUCAAGGUCCAGAUGCUGGAGCUGAGCACGCGCUGGGAGACAGUUUGUGCCCUGUCAGUGUCCAAGCAAACACGCCUGGAGCAGGCUCUCCGGCAGGCAGAAGAAUUCCACUCCGUUGUCCAUGUUCUCUUGGAGUGGCUGGCAGAGGCUGAGCAGGCCCUGCGAUUCCAUGGCGUCCUUCCAGAUGAUGAAGAGGCUCUGCGGACACUAAUGGAGCAGCACAGGGAAUUUAUGAAGAAACUGGAUGAGAAGAAGGCAGAGCUGAAUAAAGCAACAGGUAUGGGCGAAGCUCUCCUGGCCAUCUGCCACCCAGACUCCGUCACCACCAUUAAGCACUGGAUAACAAUCAUCCGAGCCAGAUUCGAAGAGGUAUUAGCGUGGGCUAAACAACAUCAGCAGCGGCUUGCAGGAGCUCUCUCCGGGCUUAUUGCUAACCAGGAGUUGCUGGAAGCCCUGUUAUCCUGGUUGCAGUGGGCAGAGACCACCCUUAUUGAGAAGGAUAAAGAGGAAGUCCCCCAGGAGAUUGAGGAAGUGAAAGCGCUCAUAGCUGAGCACCAGACCUUCAUGGAGGAAAUGACCAGAAAACAACCUGAUGUGGAUAAAGUUACCAAGACCUACAAAAGAAAAGCACUUGAACCCAUUCCAGUACAAUCUCAUAUUCCCAUCCUUGAUAAGGGAAGAGCAGGAAGAAAGCGUUCCCCAACGCCCGGCAUCUAUCCCGCAGCGACGCAGACCCAAAUUGAAACCAAGAAUCCGAGGGUAAACCUCUUAGUCAGCAAGUGGCAGCAAGUCUGGCUGCUGGCCUUGGAGAGAAGGAGAAAACUUAACGAUGCUCUGGACAGACUUGAAGAGUUGAAAGAAUUUGCCAACUUUGAUUUUGAUAUUUGGAGGAAAAAAUACAUGCGAUGGAUGAACCAUAAGAAGUCUCGUGUGAUGGACUUCUUUAGGAGGAUUGAUAAAGAUCAGGAUGGAAAGAUAACAAGACAGGAAUUUAUCGACGGAAUUCUUUCUUCAAAAUUCCCAACAAGCCGCCUGGAAAUGAGUGCGGUUGCGGACAUUUUUGAUAGAGAUGGUGAUGGCUAUAUUGACUAUUACGAAUUUGUAGCAGCUCUCCACCCAAACAAGGAUGCAUACAAACCUCUCACAGACGCCGACAAGAUUGAAGACGAGGUUACAAGGCAGGUAGCCAAAUGUAAAUGUGCAAAGCGAUUCCAAGUGGAACAGAUUGGGGAUAACAAGUACAGGUUCUUCCUGGGAAAUCAGUUUGGUGACUCGCAGCAGCUGCGGCUCGUGCGGAUCCUGAGGAGCACAGUCAUGGUCCGCGUGGGAGGCGGCUGGAUGGCGCUCGACGAGUUCCUGGUGAAGAACGAUCCUUGCAGGGUUCAUCAUCACGGGAGUAAAAUGUUACGUUCGGAAUCAAACUCUUCAAUUACCACUCAGCCUACUAUAGCUAAAGGGCGCACGAACGUGGAGCUGCGGGAGAAGUUCAUCCUGGCCGACGGCGCGAGCCAGAGCAUGGCCGCUUUCCGGCCGCGGGGCCGGAGGUCGCGGCCCUCGUCGCGCGGGGGCUCCCCCAACAGAUCGACGUCGCUCUCGAGCCAGGCCGGCCAGGCGGCCGCCGCGCCGCCCGUCGCGGGCAGCACCCCCAAGACACCCCAGCAUUUAACACGCAACUAUGGUAAACCAUGGUUGACAAACAGCAAAACGUCAACUCCUUCUAAGCCAUCAGAAUCUUCAGACUGUCAAGGGUCAUCUGCAGAGGGAACUCCAAUUCAAGGCAGUAAGCUCAGACUACCGGGCUAUAUCUCCGGGAAGGGUUUCCAGUCUGGAGAGGACAGUGGGAUACUGUCAACAGCAGCCACCAGAGUUAGAGCGCAAUUUGCAGAUCCCCGCAGAACUCCGAGCAGAUCCGCGAGCCGAGCGGGGAGCAAGGCUGGCAGCAGGUCGAGCAGCCGCCGGGGCAGCGAUGCUUCCGACUUUGACAUUUCAGAGAUCCAGUCGGUGUGCUCGGACAUGUCAGAAACUGUUCCUGCUGCAAGCAAAGCGACGCCCCGAGCAGGUUCUCGGCCAGGAUCAGUAAAGCCUUCCAAAAUUCCAACUCCCAAAAGAAGGUCGCUAGCGAGCAAACCUGGCAAGCCCUUGAAGAGAUAAUAUGUUUGGCUCUGUAAAGGCGUUUACUUUUGCAAUAAAUAUUUAAGUUUCUAAGAUGUAAAAUAUUGUGUAGAAAUUAUUGUGAAAUAUCGCAGGAGGUGGAUUUUUAAUUCUGCAGAUGGCCUUAUUUGUGUAUUUGUCUUCUUCUUUUAUGUGUAUAAUUUUUGUCAGAUUUUUUUUUUGUUUAUGCCAUAUCCUGUGAGAAGGAGGAAGAGUUUUAAUGUAAACUAACAAUUGUACACAGUAAUGUGUAGAAAGUACACUAAAAAUAAUUACCGAAUGUACAGUGUACUGAAUGUACAGUCAGUCUCUGCAACCUGAAUAAAAUAGGUCUAUCACUAUGUCAUUAGGCAACAGUAAAGGAUACCUCAUGAUUUUUCUUUAAAAAAAGGAAAAAAAAAAAAGAAAAAGCCAAAAGACACAAUUACACAUUUUGACCUAACUAAACCAACACUAAAGGAUGUAUCUCGGAAGUACUAAGGAAUACAAAGACACGCUCACAAUACCCGUAUUUAUACAGCAUCUCCUGGAGAACUCACAGAGUGAAUUAAGCACUUGCCAGUCCUAUGAUACUCCAAUACCUUGCAGCAUUUCUGUGCCAUUGCUUUCAAUGAGGCCAGACACAUUCUGGAUACUUGAACUAUUAUUCUGUAAGAAUAUCAAUAUAAAGUGCAUUCAUGUAAAUGUGAGGUUUUCUUUUGCUUGAAUGGAUGGUAGCACUGUAUCA